UGUAAACAUGGCAUUUUUCUGAAACUUUUUAGAAACUUAGAACUCCAUAAAAACUAUGAUUCCUCGCCGACUUAUUUGCUGUGGACAUUUCCUGCCCCCUUUACUGAUAGGCCUUUGCAUAGGCGUGGCAUUGAACCUCACAUUUUUGCCAUUCAUUGAGGAAGAUUGCGAAAAUCCUAUCCCAGAAUCUGAGUCUGAACACCUACACCUUGUUCUACAACAGGGAAGUAGGAAGACAAAUGCAUUGGACAGUGAUCAUGAUGCACUGCCUGGUGAUGGUGGUAUGUCCAACCAAAACAAAUAUGUUAUACCGGUAAAACAGAAUGAACCAGAAUCGCCUAAAGAAGAUGCCGACAAAAGCAGUAACUUUUCAUGGAAAAAAUUACGACGUCCUCGUUAUGCAGCAACAGAACUUGGAAUUCGUGAAAAGCUCUUUAUCAGUUUUUUAACAUCGGGGAAGACGGUUAGCUCUCUCGCCGUAGCAAUCAAUCGGACACUGCCGUUGUUAAAUAAUGCAAAGACCGGGUUCUUCAUGGGUCAAAAAGAAGAAGGAAAAACUUUACCUGAUGGAAUGUCCCUCGUUAGUUUCUCAACUCUUGAAGUGGAUCAAAAUUUGCUCUUCCGUACGAUCAAAUUUCUUGCCGAGCAUUAUGGGAAUUCUUACGACUGGUUUGCUUUCUUUUUGGACUCAACGUACCUGAGAGGGGAGCGACUGCUUGACUUUGUAUCAGACCUAAGCAUUGCCAGAGAUUUAUUUCUUGGCGAGAAUGAAGAUGGGGGUGACCACUGCUCUGCUGGUGGAGGAUUUAUUUUGUCAAAUUCUCUCCUCAUGAAAGCAAAUGCAUCAAUCGAGUGGUGCCACGCUCAUGCCACAGCCGCGGACGAUAAUGGCAAGAACUUGGGAAGAUGCAUUGAGCACGUGGGCAAUGUCAAGUGUAAAUCACUGGAAAAGGAAAGGAAAUUCCAAGCACACAACGUGGGGAAGAUCCAAAUUGACUCUCUUCUCAAAGACCAGUUGCAGCUUGAUGCAGUCCAUCAGAGUUUGACUGUCUACCCAUUCAGUGAUGAUAAAAGUAUCUACAAAAUUCACAGGCAUGUCUCGCAGUGGGAAGUUAACGAGACCUUGAAGGAGAUUGAAAUACUGAAGAAAGAAAUAGAAGAGACAAGUGUCUUCGCACCCGAUGGGAAAGCAUCUGUGCCAUGGCCAAUAGGCUCUGCCCCACAGUACAAAUCCAAGAACAGGCAUCACACAAUUCGUUGGGAUUACUUCACCGAGUCGGAGGCCUACUUCAAAGAUGAGUGGUCUGUCGCCACACCACAUGCAGGUGCAGACCGGGAAGACAUUGAUGAUAUCAUAGUUAGAGUUAAGAGAGCCUUGCAGGAAAAUCCUAAUGGUCCGCUAGAAUAUACGAGACUUAUAAAUGGAUACCGUCAAUUCGAUCCUGUCCGAGGGAUGGAAUACUUUUUAGACGUCGUUGUGACUGACCAGACGAAAAAGAUUACCAAGAAACGAGUGCAUAUUCUAAAACCAUUAGGAGAGGUGGAGAUCGUCCCAAUGCCGUAUGUGACGGAAAAUUCCAGAGUGAAUUUAAUAUUGCCGGUCACUUUAGAAACUAAAACAAGCUUUACAGACUUCAUGGAAAAAUAUGCUAACAUUUUUAUGGAAGUGGGUGAAAAUACUUAUCUAUUCAUCGCGUUCUAUUACAAAACCGGAGUCCCAAUGACUGGAAAAGCAGACCCAUAUACAUUGCUCAAGUCCAUCAUUACCUACUAUGAAAAUAAAUACCACAACAGUGCCAAGAUCUCUUGGAUGAAUGUCCAGUCUGAUUCAACUCAUACUUUUGACCUCAUCGAUCACCUAGCCAAUAAGUUAACCCAAGAAUCAUUGAUUUUAUUGAGCACUCCUGGAUCUGACAUUGACAUUGAGUUUAUCAAUCGCGUACGCAUGAAUACGAUUCAAAAAUGCCAGGUUUAUUUCCCCAUAGCAUUUUGGCAAUAUAAGCCAAAUAUCGUCUACGACCAGAAGCCGUAUCCCUCAACAAUUGAAAUCGAGGGAAAACUGGGUCAUUUCGACAAAAAUCAGUUCGUCCAUGCAAGUUUUUAUUUGAGUGAUUACAAUACUGCACGUUCUGAAGCAACCAGGUUAAAAAAAGAUCUGCCUAAGAUGGAUUUGUACGAUUUGUUCCUUCAGUGUCAUACAUUGCAUGUUUUUCGUGCAACGGAGCCAAAUCUGCGUCAUCAUUUUGUCGAGCAUCGUUGCAAUCCUCUCGCCAGCGAAGGCGAGUAUCAUCGGUGUUUGGCGAGUCGAGCAAAUGGAUUGGCGAGUAGCAAAGCACUGGCUUUGUUGUUAUUAGAAGGUCAAGGUCAAGGCCAGUCAGCCUGGGAUUAUAAAUCAUUGAAACUUCAUUAAAAUUCAAAUUGCAAUGGCUUUUCAGCAGGUGGGGGGACAAAAUUUGUAUCUUAAGGAUUACCCCUUUAGCUGGGUACUGCCUGGAGUAUUUGAUCCUUGCCCUCUUUCUCACUGUAAGGACCAAUUCUUCAACAACGUCUGGUGCAUAGACAGUAAAACUUGUAAAUUUUGUGUAUGGUUUUGGCAUUUAAUAAAGUCGUUGAUUAU